UACAUGUCAAUCAAUGUCAUCAAGAUAAUGUUUAAACCAAAUUAACAAUGCUGAAAUCCACUCUUUUAACACCUUUUUUUAGCAGUAUGGCCGGUCGUAGGCUGGCAACUCUUCCCUUUCAUCACGUGCCAAUUGUAGUUGAACAAUCUGGAAAAGGCGAGAGAGCCUUCGAUAUUUAUUCCAGGCUGCUUAAGGAACGCAUAAUAUGCCUUAUGGGACCCAUAAACGAUAUAACCAGCUCUGUAACCAUUGCUCAACUAUUAUAUCUCCAAUCAGAGUCCACUGUAAAGCCUAUUCAUAUUUACAUUAACUCACCAGGAGGCGUUAUUACUUCUGGAUUAGGCAUUUAUGAUACCAUGCAGUACAUUAUGCCUCCUAUAACAACUUGGUGUGUCGGACAAUGCUGCAGUAUGGCGUCUUUACUGUUGGCAGCAGGAACUAAAGGGAUGAGGCACUCUCUUCCUAACGCCAGGAUAAUGAUUCAUCAGCCCUCAGGCGGAGUCACCGGUCAAGCGACCGACAUUAAGAUCCAAGCAGAAGAGAUUUUAAAGAUAAAGAAGCAAAUUAAUCAGCUGUACGUGAAGCACACGAGUAUGCCGUUAGAGAAAGUGGAAACGAGUUUGGAAAGAGAUAACUUUAUGACGCCCAAUGAAGCGAAGAAUUUCGGACUUAUCGAUCACGUGUUGAGUCAUCCGCCAAAGUGUAAACAAGCGCCCCCUGUCAUCGAAACCGUUAAGUCUACUGUCACGGCCGGAGAAUCUACUAUUAAUGUUUAAACUGACUGACAAAAUUAAAUAAAUUUUGACCCAAUAA